ACCCCCAGUAGAAGAGGAUGAGGUCUUCCCCGACGAUUACGAUCCUUAUGAUGGAGCUCCAGCGACUCCGAUCGAGGCACAACCUCUUAUCCAUGUACAUGACACCGAGUCGCAGGGUGAGAUUCUGUCGAUAGAGGCACAACCUGCAGUGGUUAAGAGCCGGAAGAAGAAGAGAAAGCCUCCUGUAUGGUUCGGUGACUAUACGGAGAUGAAGAGGAGACAUAGGCCAUCUUCGACUUUUGAUCCCCUAGAGCCACCGGAUGAGAAAUUGUUGACCACUUUCCGAAAGUGGUGUGUUGGACUCAUUCCGAACCACCGACUUCGGGAUUUGAGAAGUGGUGAUUACGGUCCAGGAUUCUUUUGGAUAAUGCUCAUACUAAAGGAAUGGCUUACAGAUUACGUAAGUAAAGUAUUUUAUAAUAUUACUUCACUUUACAACUUUAUGUGCAAUUAAUAUAUUUUUCUGUCUAACUGACAUUUCCCUUUAUAUGCAGCAUAUAGAUGCAGCAAUGCAUAUGCUGAGGAGGCGACGCACCGACUAUCCACUGACAUUUCCUCAGAAGGGUAUCAUUCUCUCCACAUUCGUGACCGCCAUGAUGAGCAGUGCAUGGACGAGCCACAAGGGUCCGAGAAAAAACUUUAAAUGGGAGGAUUAUAUCCUGGACUACUGCAGAGGGGCUCAUAAGUCCCAAGUCUUUGAGAGAUGGAGGGGUAACGAGUUUAUUUACUUCGUUCUGAACCUUCCCGAGGCAAGGCACUGGGUCACAGUUGAAGUCGACAUAGAGCUGUGGAAAAUUAAUGUCUACGACUGUGAUUCCAGCGUCUGUCAUUGGACCGCCUUGGAACCCAUCCUGAAGGUUUGGGCAGAACUGCUGCCCUCGCUAAUCCUUGCAACCGGGGAAUUUCCACAUAACAACCAGAUCAUGGCGUUAGCUAACUGUGACAUCACGGUGCUUCCAAAAAUGCACGCGACUCGAGCCACUCACGACUUAGUUCCGAAGUCAGCAACCAGUGGUGAUUGUGGCGUCUAUUGCAUUGAGUAUGUGGAGCAUCUCAUGAUGCAGCGUGGAUUGACCGAUGUGACGCCAGACCGGAUAGCUAUGUUUCGUCAACGGUGGUGUGUCGAUUUAUUUUACCAAAAUGUUGGCUGAUUAUAUGUGUAAUUAUUGGGACAUUGUAUAUUUUGUGUAAUUAACAUUACAGUUAUGUAUAUAUAGAUUUUCUUUUCGUUCAAAUUUUGAUAAUUAUUCGUGGUUUCAAAUAUAAAAUAUCAACAUUAUUCAACAAAAAUAACUAUUAAACCUAAAAAUAAUUAAAAUAUUUGAAAAAUAUUCAACCUCAACAAAAAUAACUAUGACAAAAUAUGCAUCAUUACAAUAUAUCAAAUUUCCCAACGAAUACGUACAA